GAUGGGCUUAUAGAUUUAAUUACCCCCUGUACUAAAUAAUCAAAAAAAAUUUAGAGAUUAGAAAGAUGGUAGUAUAAAAAUUUUCAAAUUGCGGAAGGUCGUGCUAUUUAGGAGUUGUAUUUCUUUCACUUAAAAAUGAAUUCUACUUGUUGCUGUUGCUGGGAAAAAUAUGGCGAAAGAUCAAAAUCAUUGAAAAAAAUGAAUAAAAACUUAGAAGAACAAAUUCAAAUGUUUAUCUUUUCUGGAUAUUCGAUGAACAACGAUUGCUAUCCAUCAGUUGUUUGUCCUGGUUGCCGAAGAAAUCUUUACAGACUCAAAAAGGGAGACUCACCUCGUGGUGAAUGGGGAGCUAAGGUUACCAAGGUAGAGUGGAAAACCCUUUUGAAAAAUAGCCCUAGAACCAGUCUAACUCUUCCAGAUGAGAUAACUAAUUUUCCGACAACUAAGUCAAGUAUAUGUUCUUUUUGCUAUUCAUUGCCUGCACCUGGUUAUUCUCAUAACUGUACACCCACCAGUGCUGUGGCAAAUAUCAUUACACUGUCAUUUCUUCUAGGUUCUCUUCAAGCUGAACAGGUUGCUUCUGGAAUUAUAAAAAGUAAAAUGGCUCAGAAAGUUUGGUUGACGGAUCAACAUUUUGUUUAUCUACAGGAGGAAAUCCGCUAAAGGUCACAGUUGUUACACCAGAAAACAAAUCAAAAAGAACUUCUAUUAAGC